CGGAGCUCGAGUGGUAGUGAUAGCCUUGGCGGUGGUAAAGCUCGUAAGGCGGUUUUUCUGAUGGUGGCAGAGAUUUCCAUGGCUUCGUAGCGACAGAGAGGACGAGCAAGUGAGUGGCUCGAAGUUGACCAUCCUGAUGAAUGGGCAAUGGCAAGGUCGAAGACCUCGAGGUAAGCAAAAGAGUGGGCGACACUGGCUUAGCAAGCCGCAGAACCGUGAGCAGUGACUGUGAGAGAGAGAGAGAGAGGGAGUCUGUUUCCCUUCACGCAGAUGAUGGUGGUCGUCGGCGUCCAAGAGCUCUUCGGAGCCGACCAGAGAAGCCUUCUCGACUACGAACCCUCACCCAGUCGGCUCCUCCUGCCCUGGGGCGCCUUGACGCAGAUAAACAGGGUUCAUCCCCAUGCCUACCACAUUCCUAUUUCAGGGGUCACCUUUUCCUUUGGAGGGCCUGCGGGGAUCUUCCACGCGCGCGCGCGCGCGUAACUGUAUCCUCAAGCCCCCGCCCCAAGUCCUGCUCACAAAAGUCAGGAGCAGGCCGUCCGGAAUGGGGGACGGACCAUAACCGGUACCUAGUAGUUCAAGGGGUUUUCUUAUUGGCUGGGUAGGUACCUAAGCAAGUCAGAUAGAUAAGACGACUACCUACAGAGGUGCGUAGGGAGAUAGGCAAGUCGAUAGCCUCCGACGUUCUCCUUUUCCACGCAUUUCGCGACUUUUAUUCGCACUCGCACUCGCAUAUGCAUCUGGACCUGGGUGUGUCCGAUCUGGAGUGACGAGCGUCGCCUACGGCCGCGGUGAAAAGGAAAAUGUAAUGUCUACAACCACGCUUUUGCAGAGUUUGACGACGAGACCAGUGCAAA